AGGGUGGGAGGGAUAAUGCAUGAAAUUAAUUGUAAGUGGGAAAAUGAGCAUGAAGCAAAGGGCGCAACAACUGCUUGGGUUUGCAUAAAAGAUUGGAUGUCCUGUGGGUUCAAUAGAGGAAUCUGUGCCUGAGAAGAGGGCUUCAGGGCCUGGCACAGGAAAGGAACUCAGUAAACAUUUAUGGAGUGAAUGAAUGAAUAAGUUAGUGAAAAUAGCGCAAGGGAGCCAUGAGAAUAGUGGAAUUACUGGGGGGUACUAGAGAGUAUUCUGAUUAAAAGGGGCCCAAGAACAAAACCAGAUGGAAGUAGUACAAUGGGCAAAUUGAAUUGCAGGUCACACAUGAGACUAAUAAUAGAAGCGAGUGUGGGUGCAUAAAAAUAUUUGUAGGAAUUGAAUAAAUGCUGGAAUGUUGGGUGAUAAGUGUUGAAGAGGAUGCCAGGAAUACCAGUUAGGCGAACAAGGGUGCUCGUAGAAAGAGGGUAUAAGAAUUGUGGGGGGCAUGACAGUGCAUGAGUAUGCCUGAUGCUGGGAUUUAUGAGUGGGGAAGUCUGAAGGUGAGCAAAAGAGGCUAAGCUUUGGAUAGGAAGGGCAGAUAGGAAAGAGGAGAGGGGUUUUUUAGGAAGAAAGUGCUCCUAGGAAGGAGGAUACCUGAGGAGGGUAGAGGGAUGAAGAGGGGAGAAGUCCAGGGAGAAGGGAGGGUGAAAGCUGAGUCCAUGGUGGGUGGGAUGGAGAACCACCUCAGGUGUAGCCUCCCAGGAGUGGAGAGUUUGGUUAGGGGAGGGUCCACAUGGCCAUCGUGACCCUCCACUCCUAACUCUAGAUCCAUGGAACCCAAUAAAAUGCCUGCUGUCCACCACUGCCCCUCAGACUCUGCCACAGGGGAUGAGCCCGGAGCCUCCCAGGGCACUGAGCUCAUUCCCAGGAGAACUGUCAGUCGCUCUCCAACCUGCGCCCGCUGCCGCAACCACGGCGUCACUGCCCACCUCAAGGGACACAAGCGCCUCUGCCUCUUCCAGGCUUGUGAGUGUCACAAGUGUGUCCUAAUCUUGGAGCGCCGAAGGGUCAUGGCUGCCCAGGUGGCCUUGCGUAGGCAGCAGGAGGCACAGCUAAAGAGGCACCUGGCUCAGGGACUGAUGAGCCCCAAAGCGGCCAGCCGUGUCAAGAAGGGAGCCACUCAACCAGGGGUCCCCCCUGGGAAGGAGAACAUAGCACCCCAGCCUCAGACCCCCCGUGGGGCAAUCCCACUGGCUCUGACACCCCCUGGGAAGAACUCACAUGGGCCUCUGCUGUUCAGUCGUCCCCCAGAAGCCUUGCCUUUGCCCUGGACUCCGCUGCCUCCAGGCCCUUGGGCUUCUGGGCACUGGUUGCCUCCAGGCCUGUCCAUGCCACCCCCAGUGGUGUGCCGCUUGCUUUGCCAAGAAUCUGCUGUCCCUCUGCAUCCCUUCCCUGGCUUUGAUCCUGGCACCUCACUCCGCCUGCCCACUCAUGGGCCCCUCCCAACCUGCCCAGGACCUCGCCCGAUACUGACAGCUCCUCUUUCUGGAGAGUCCCAAGGACCCCCUGGCCUGCCCCGCACAUGCUCGACUCUGAUCCUCCAGCCCUGUGGCACCCCAGACCCUCUUCUGCUACAGCCACAGGUCCUGAGGAAGAAGGGGAUUCAGGACUCUGUGGGAGGGAAGAACAGGGGUCUGGGAAGGAAUCAGGGGCUGCGGGAGCACUUAAAGGAUGGACAGAAGUGGGCAUUCCCAGUAUGCUGCUCUCACUUUCUGCAGGUCUCUGGAGCCUCUCGCCUGUCCUGGACAUCGGCUCCCUCAGAACGGCAACUUCAGAGGGAGGCAGCAGAGGCCCUUGUGGGGCUGAAAGAUUCAUCCCAGGCUCCCCGCCUGACCCCUUCUAUCCCCCCUAACCCUGCCUGGAUCUCCCUGCUCCACCCCUGUGGCCCAGCAGCUGCUGCUGGAGGAAGAGGAUUCCAGCCUGUUGGCCCCUCUCUCCGACCCAGCCCAGCCGCCUCCGUUGCUCUGCGUAUUGGGCGUCUAGGGUCCAUCUCUCUCCUGAGCUAGGAAUCCAGAGGUAGAGGCCUCUCUGGGGCAGGGGGGCCACAGCCUGCAGGCACUGCAUGUUUGGUAUUGUACUUAAGGAUUUAUGCAUGAAAUGUAAUGUAGUAGAAGCUUCGACUUUUUUUUUAAGUUUUCAGGUGUUAAGUUAGCCUUCAGUUCCUUUAAUAACAGGGGCCAUUUCCUUAGCUGCGGGUGGAUAUUCUCUUACCCCUCCCCCCAGGAUCCUGGGGGCUGUUUAAAUCCCCAUUAAAGAGGCAGUUGUGUAAUUUAAGCUGAUGAGUAUUUAAAUGGGCUUUUGAUUUUUUUUUGCAUGAGGUCAUGUCCCAGGGCAUUUAUUUGACAUGUGACUCUGUGGGUACCUCUGCUCUUAUGUCUGUCUCCAUGCAUGUGAAAACUGAAACAUAUUUCAAUCUUAUAUCUAGGUUUGUGUGGGUAAGCAAGAAAUAAACCUUUGUUGUUUUAAGCCACUGAGAUUUGGGGAUUGUUUGUUACCACAGCCUAGCCCAGUCUGUCUUGACUGACAGAAAGGACUUGUUCAAUUCACUUUCCAAAGUGAGAAUCAGUUAUUCAAUAACUACCACAAAUAAACACAAACUGUGAUUUCUUAUUAUGUCCAGAUAAGAAAGAGUGGUAGAAGCUUGUAAUGGAAGAUUUACUGAUUCAAUAAUUAAGCGUCUGCUGUGUGCCAAGUGGAAACCCUAGUUAAGAGCUACGGCAAUAUGUAUCCACCAGACGGUCCUUGGAAACCCUAUGGGGCGGUU